UUUCCUGUCCGUGCUGUCUCUUGGCUCCGUCCCUAGCACCCGGCCCCUCCCGCAGGGACCCCAGCGCCCGACAGACACCUCCGCACCCCAGCACCAUGGGACCUCCGGGCCUUCCACCCCUCCAUGCCCUACUGGGCUUGGCCUGGGCACUGUUGGGUUCUGUUAACGCACAGAGAGAUUGCACUGGCUGCCCCCAGCUGAGCGGGGGGCUGAUCGCGGGGCUGGUCGUGGGGGACCUGCUGCUGACGCUGCUCAUCGCUAUGGCUGUCUACUGCCUGGCUGGCAAGAUCCACCGCCAUCGGGGGAGCGCACAGGGGGAGGUCAAGAAGCCCCCCGCCCCUGAGACGGAGUCGCCGUACCAGGAGCUCCAGGGUCAGAGAUUGGAUAUUUACAGUGACCUGAAGAAGUCGGGAGCCAAUUAUUAAUGCCCUGUCUCCAUCCCAUGCCGCUCUGCACCCAAGCAGCUGGUGCCAGGGUGUCAAAUCCAUGCAGCCUUCGUUGUUGAUCUCCGUGCCACCCACUCUGAGCACCGUUCCAUGCAAACAUGCAGCCCCCCUAAAUCUGCAGUGUUGAUCCCACCUCGCAUAGGUGCUGACUCCGUGGGUGCUCCGGGGCUGGAGCACCGACAGGGAAAAAUUGGUGGAUGCUCUUCA